AUGGGAAAGAAAAGGCAAAAUGAAAAGAAAUCGGAACUCAUACAAAAUCUACCAACUGAAAUUCUUUAUAUCAUCAUUGGAGAAUUUUUAGAAUACAAAGAGUGGUUUAAACUUGCACAAGUUUGCAGUUGAGCAAAUUUUAUAGUAAAUAUGUGCUGACAACAUGUUAAAUAUUUAGAUUUUGAUAUAUUUCCACUGCCUAGAGAUUCUGAAUUUAUAUCUGCAAUUAAGAAAUGCACAAAACUAGAAAAGAUAAGGCUAGACUGUUAUUAUUUGUCUUUGGAUGCUAUUUUGGCUUUACCAAUUUCGCUUACCCAUGCAAAAUUAUCAUCUAUAGAUAAUGCCCUAAAAAAUCCUAAUUUUAUUCAAUCCAUCCAAAGACUUCCAAACUUAAAAUCCCUGAAAUUCAACACCCUUGAUGAUUUCGACAGAUACAACGUAGAUAUCAACGAAUGGUCUCAAUUUUUUAAAGCAUGCAAAUUAGAUGAAAUUUCUAUUGGAAAUAUUCACUCUGAGACGCUGGAUCAAGAUAUUUCUAGCUUUGUAAUAGGUAAGUGCAAAAAUUAUAAGGCAUUAAGACUUGUUGACAGCCCAAACAUAAAAAAAUUUUCAGCAGAUCUUACAUCUGUAAAAAUUGAGGCACAUAGAAAUGUUUGAAAUCCUUUAGGGCUCAAUGAUUGAACAAUCAGAAAAUUAUCUAAUGACUGCCAAAAGCUGGAAAAACUGAAAAUUAUUGAUUACAAUCUAAAAAUGCAUGACGAGUUUACCAGCAUUUCUUUUAAUAUUAUUAUCAAUAAUUGGAGGAAUCUUAGAUUUUUACAUUUGAGCAAUUUUACAGAUCAAGGAAUAAAGUCAAUAAACGACUUAGAUAUAAUGAGAGUUGCAACCGUCUGCAGAAAUUUAAAAGGUAUAUCUUUAGAUAGUUUUAAAACUAUCACAGAUGCGUCCAUAUCAGAGCUAG